CGGCGGGAAACGACAGAUGACUGAAAGAGCCUCACGUGACUGAGAAUAUGACCGCUUAUGUGUCUUCCCAGAGGAGUAGAGGAAGUAGCUGCUGCGGCAAAGUCUGCUGGAUUGAAGAUGAAUCCGAAGAAAUGGCCUGUACAAGUUAUGAAAUUUAGUUCUGGUCUGAAUACCGUGGAUUACAGACUUCUAGAACUUCCGCCUCAACUAGAAGAUUCUCUACAGACAGGAGAGACGCUAGUUGUUCGUGGUCAAAUUCAGGAAGAGGCGGUACUCUGCAGUCAGACUGCAACAUAUGAAAUGAAGGUGGUUGAUGUGUCAAACACAAUGCUGAUAUGCCCCAGAUUGAGAACACCCGAGGAUUCAAGCUUCAAGGAACAGAAGAUGGAAGAUGUCAUUAGACAUCUGGAUGUUUGUGCCACCAUUGGGUCAUAUUAUGAAGUGCGACCGUGUAGACCUCGUCUCGCUAAGCUCAAACAAAUACUGCAGACAAGUGCAUAUAAAGGGCCAGAGUUGGAAGAGCUGUCUACCAGACUGUAUUCACUAGAGGAUUUGCUAGAUAGUGUGCAGGCUAGUGAGAAGGAAUUGCUUACAGCUUUGCAACAGUUUGGAGCUUUUGAACUAAAUGGCAAGUGGCGUAUUCUGGAAGUUCAGUAUGAGGAGGGGGCAUUUACAUCAAUCUUGACUCUUCUGGAUGAAAAGAUGUGGUCAUAUAAGUCGGUUCCUCUUGGUGAAUGUUGUAUGUUGUUGGAAGAGUUAUAUCCUAGGUUUGUUGUUAAGCAUUGCUUAGAACUCUAUGGUCAGAAAUGUACGUCUGAAGAUGAUGUCGAUGAUAUUUAUUGCUUCGAUGAAUUGAAAGUUUGUCAGUUUUAUGCUGAGUACUUGUUGCGACCAGCUGGCCGAUUUAAUAUUGAUGACUUUUUGGAGAGCUGGCAACAGUCUGUACCUUCUGGAAUGCAAACAUCUUUGCAGCAACUGAUGGGUCUUGCUCUGUGGGAUCUUGAUGCUCGGCCUCCAGUUAUUUGGCACUUUCCAGCAAGAGAUCUACCAGAAGAUUCUACCGAGAGAUUUGCUAGGCUGUUUAAGACGCGGACUAAAUGGACGUUAGAAGAGAUUGAGCCAUUUAUUCGAGACCUUGCUACAGAAAAGAUUUCUGCCAAUGCUGUGUUGCUUAAAUAUGCAAGAAUGUCGACUAAUGGUUUGGGAAAGAAAGUUUUUAAUUCCAAAAGGCCAUUGUAAGAAAUCACUUGUUAAGCAUCUUGAAAACAGUUAUGCACAGAAAUAUAUGACAAAAGUUAUGGUGUGUGUAUGUAACUUUAAUGUUUUAGAUACUUAUUUGAUUUUCAUUUAUGUCAAUAUUCAGAAUUCCUUUUGAUAUUGUCAAGUUGCGUAUAACGUGUAAUUGUUACCAUACAGUAACUUUUUAAUGUGUUUGUACUUUUGCG